UGUGCACCCUUUAACGACGCUGUAAAUGGCGUACAUUUCUUGGGCAUCAUUGCCUCGGAAGGUUUGUUGAUUGCCAGGGUCUACGCAUUUUCCGGUAACAAAAAGGUUUAUCUUAUUGCUCUUUUGUCCUUUGGUUUGGUACAACAACACCCCCAUUUCCCUGUACAUCACUAACCCCUAUGGUGCAGGCCAUCUUGGUGGCGUCUGUGAUUCUAAGUGCCGCCCCCAUCAAUUUCAACAUCCCAGGAGGCGAGGUCUUAAGGUUCACCCCUUAGUCUUAGUAUUCAUUCUUUUUCAGCUGGCCCGCCUUGCGUGUUUGAGGGGGCUCGCAGUAGUGCCCUUCCAUAUGGACUCUUAAUGUUCUUCGAGAUUGUUCUCAUGUUCACCACUGCAUUUUUGAGAUAUCGGCACCAUUUUGAUUUUCAUAAUAAGCUAAUAAGGAGUAUCUAUCACGAUGGACUCUUCUACAUGUUCUGCAUCACAACGAUAUCCACUGUUAAUGUGAUUGUCAUCGCUGUGCUACCCCUCUCGUACAGCGAGAUGUUAAACACACCCCAAAUUGUUGCGCACAGCGUUCUUGCUUCUCGAAUACUAUUUAAUCUUCAAACGAACAGGGAGCAAUCGGUCUUCCCCACAUACGUAUCGACGAAUGUGCCAGAAAUGCAAUCGCUUCCAGAUGGUAGUCAAACGUGGCAUGAAGGCAGGGAGACAUUUACUGGUGCGGGCCAGCCAGAUCAAGCUUAGACUUGCCAAUAAUU